GGGCGGCCGGGCUGGGGCUUCGGGCCGGGGCGGAGCCGCGGAGGCGGCGGGAGCGGGGAGGUGGCCGGUCCCCGGCGGUCCCCGGCGGCGCUGCUCGGCGGGUCUGGGCGUGCUCCGCGCGCGGCACGAGUACCUCCCCGGCGCUCGUCAGGAAGUUGCUUGCGGAGGGGACCUGGCGCCCCGGGGAGGCGGAGGCCGCGCCUGCUGCCGCCCGGCGCCUCCCGGCCGCGACCUGGCCCUUCCUCCCGCGGGUGGAGCCUCGGAGGAGCCGGCGCUCCGGAGUCAGGCGGCCGGGGGUCCAGGCCUGAGCGUGCGCCGUGUUGCCCGGUAACCCCGCGCACCCUCUGGUUGCCACGCUGGUUCUCAGUUUCCCAGUCUGUAAAAUGGGCGCAGAGGCUUGAUCUGAGGCCGGAGUGAGAUGGUGAUGCAAACUCCUAAAAAUCGGCUCUGGAGAGUGGUGAGUCAGAGGAGACCUCAGGCAGCAGGCAGCUGGGGCCAUGGCCUCCGACCUGGACUUCUCACCUCCCGAGGUGCCCGAGCCCACUUUCUUGGAGAACCUGCUACGGUAUGGACUCUUCCUGGGGGCCAUCUUCCAGCUCAUCUGUGUGCUGGCCAUCAUCGUACCCCUUCCCAAGUCCCAUGAGGCGGAGGCAGAACCGUUGGAGCCCAGAAGUGCAGAGGUGACGAGGAAGCCCAAGGCUGCUGCUCCCUCCGCCAACAAGAGGCCCAAGAAGGAGGCCAAGAAGAAGCGGUAGACGAGGAGCCUGCAGAGCCGGGCAGGUGGGCGAGGGCCUCGGGCAGCCCUCCUGGGACCUGGCGUCCCGCUCCCUCGCUGCACCCUGGGCUCAGGGUCUGGCUGGGGUGCCCUCUGACCACAGCAAUCUGGACAGUCAUGACAGUCCCCAGGCCCCAUCUGGGCAGACCACCACUUCCUCUUCCUUCUGUUUCUGUGACAGUUUAGAGCCAAGGGGAGCACAUACCCUGUGAGCAGAGAUGGUCUUAGAAGUCUGUUCAGAAGUCGAGUCAGCUCACAGAGUUACGCUUUCUUACUUAAUCGUUGUGUCCAGCCUUUAGUCACCCACCUUGUGGGUUUACACUACAUUUUAGAGUCAUUAUCUAAUACUGACAAGCACCGCCCUCUCCCCCGAUCUGUGAACUGGGGAGCUCCUGCUAACCAGUCACCUUUGUCUCUGCCUGUGCCGAUGGAGCCAGGUCAGGCCUCCCCUGUGUGUUUAGUUCAAGACGCCAGGACCACUGCAGUGUUCGUGGUCUCACUGGUGCAACAACCAGGUCUGAAAGAUGCCCGGCCUCAGAAGAAGACCAGCAGAAGACCCGCACGGGGGUAGCGUCCUGUUCUCCAGCAGAUGGACGGGAUUUGGCUGAAUGAGUGCACGUUUUUGAGCUCAAACUUUCUUUUUUUUUUAAUGAUUUUAUUUUUUCCUUUUUCUCCCCAAAUCCCUGCAGUACACAGUUGUAUAUUUUUAGUUGUGGGUCCUUCUAGUUGUGGCAUGUGGGACGCCACCUCAGCAUGGCUUGAUGAGCAGUGCCAUGUCCGUGCCCAGGAUCUGAACUGGCGAAACCCUGGGCCGCCGAAGCGGAAGGUGCACACUUGACCACUCGGCCACGAGGCCGGCCCCAGGCCCAAGCUUUCCGAGCCUCUGAAACGGGGGCUUGUCAGUCUCAGACCAACCUGUUUUGAACCCCUCCCAGCACAUUCAAGAUGUGCCUUUUGGCUUUCAUCUGUACGCCCUCCCUGCCUCCCCACCCCCAUUCUUUCAACCUUCACUGGUGAGAAAAGGUUAUUUGGGGAAGCAAAUAUCAAUAAACUACCCUGCAUGCUGAA